UGUUCGUCGAGUCGGGCCUGGCCUGCGGUUUUCAUUGCAGCGGAAAGGUGGUCGACGGCCGAGCAGUGAGAACAGAAUCACAGGCGAUGGGCAGAGGUUGCGGUCAGAAAAGGGGUGAUUUUGCUAAGCGGGUGGAGCUGGUGCCAAUGCCGGUUUGGGACGAGCGCCUGGCGUAUGAGGAGCUCCUUUACUGGGACAGCCUGAUACAGCACGGCCGGCGCCUUCACCCACAAGACUACGAUAGAUACGAGGAACUGCGUUACUGGUACGACUGCCUGUGCUACGAGGAGGACCUGCGCCAGUACCAGCAUUACAUCGCUGCCACACAGGAGCCCGAAGAGGGACUGUCCGAGCGAGCCAUGCCCCCUCCCUUCCGCCAGAGACCCAUGCGCAUCUUCGUGAACGAUGACCGCCACGUGAUGGCGAAGCACUCGGCGGUCUACCCCACCCAGGAGGAGCUGGAGGGCGUGCAGAACAUGGUGUCCCACACAGAGAGGGCCCUCAAGGCCGUCUCAGACUGGCUGGAUGAGCAGGAGAGGGGAGGGGCCAAAACUGACGCGCCUGAUGCUGACACCGAGAAAGAGAGCGAGCCGAAGCCCUCCGAGCAGGCCACUCGCACCCUACGGGGUGUCAUGAGGGUGGGCCUGGUGGCCAAGGGACUCCUGCUGAAGGGGGACUUGGACCUGGAGCUGGUGCUACUCUGUAAGGACAAGCCCACCAUCUCCUUGCUCAAGAAAGUGGCCGAGAACCUGUCUGUGCAGUUCACGACCAUCACAGAGGACAAGUAUGAGAUCAUCCAGUGCAUCCGCGAAGCCACCAUCGUGGUCAAGAGCACCAAGGAGCCGGUGCUGACCCUCACCAUCCAUCUGACGUCCCCCGCCGUGCGGGAGGAGGCCGAGAGGCAGGCCGCGGGAGAAACGCUAUCAGUCAGCGAUCCCCCGGAUGUUCUGGACAGGCAGAAAUGCCUUACUGCCUUGGCGUCUCUUCGCCACGCAAAGUGGUUCCAGGCUAGGGCCAAUGGACUGAAGUCGUGCGUCAUCGUCAUCCGCAUCCUCAGGGACCUAUGCUCCCGGGUCCCCACCUGGGCCCCGCUGCGGGGAUGGCCAUUGGAGUUGCUUUGUGAGAAAGCAAUUGGGACAGGGAACCGACCAAUGGGAGCAGGAGAAGCUCUUCGCAGAGUUUUAGAGUGCCUGGCGUCAGGAAUUCUGAUGGCAGAUGGUCCUGGCAUCUCAGAUCCAUGUGAAAAAGAGACAACAGAUGCCAUCAGUCACCUUAACCGCCAACAGCGUGAGGACAUCACACAGAGCGCGCAGCAUGCCCUGAGGCUGGCUGCAUUUGGACAGCUGCACAAAGUCUUGGGUAUGGAUUCUCUACCCUCCAAAAUGCCCAGAAAACCCAGGAGUGACACCCCAAUUGACUACACAGUCCAGAUCCCACCAAGCUCCACGUAUGCACCUCCCAUGAAGAGGCCCAUCGAGGAGGAGGAAGUAGCCGAUGACAAGAGCCCCAACAAAAAGAAGAAAAAACUGCAGAAGAAAUCCCCAGAUGAGAAGUCGGAGCCGCCCCAGGCCAUGAACGCCCUGAUGAGGCUGAACCAGCUGAAGCCGGGGCUGCAGUACAGGCUGGUGUCUCAGACAGGGCCUGUGCACGUACCCGUCUUCACCAUGGCCGUGGAGGUGGACGGAAAGAGCUUUGAGGCCUCUGGUCCGUCCAAGCGCACUGCCAAGCUGCACGUGGCUGUCAAGGUCUUGCAGGACAUGGGUCUGCCCACAGGGGUAGAGCUGAAGACUGCUGACCCAGUGAAAACAGAGGAGGGGGCCAAUGAGGCAGAGGCGAAUCCUCUGGCCACGCCCACCACCGCCGCUGACCCAUCUGCCACAGGCGCCGCCAACUCGGAAGCUGCUGACAUUGCUGAGAACGCCCGACAGCAGGGCCCGAUCCUGACGAAGCACGGCAAGAACCCAGUGAUGGAGCUGAACGAGAAGCGGCGUGGGCUGAAGUACGAGCUCAUCUCCGAGACCGGGGGCAGCCACGAUAAGCGCUUCGUCAUGGAGGUGGAGAUUGAUGGACAGAAAUUCCAAGGAACUGGAUCCAACAAGAAGGUGGCGAAGGCUUACGCUGCCCUGGCUGCUCUAGAGAGGCUCUUCCCAGAGGGCUCCACCACAGAGGCUGCUAAAAAGAAGAAACUCCCUCCGAUGCACAACCCUGGGUUUGGCAUGAUGGGCGGAGCUCCAGUAGAUCCAGCUGCCAAUCCUAGAGGUCGAGGGAGAGGGGGACGUGGCAGGGGGAGAGGAAGAGGGUUCAACAAUGCUGGUGGCUAUAAUCAAGGCGGUUAUGGGAGCUAUGGAUAUGGGAACAAUGGAAACUCUGGAUAUAAUAACUACUACAACAAUGGUGGGGCCAGUGAUGGAAUUGGGGCUGGAGGUGCUGGGGCUAUGGGGCCGUCGGCCAACUCUGCAGGUGGAGGAACGGGGGCUGGCGCUGGAGGCUUUGGCACCUUCUAUCAAAACGAUGGCGGAUACUCCGCCCCUCCUCCUCCAGCCCCCAAACCCCCCGGCAAGAAGCCCCUUCUACACCAGGGGGGGAAGGCACCGUAUGCUGGGGCCGCGUCAUCGGGUGGGGCACCGGGAGGCUACCAGGCCACCCCUCCCCCAGGACAAGGCUCCUAUAAUCAGUACGGCCAAGGCUUUGGGCAGGGGAAAAAGAACUUCAGCCAGAACCAGGGAGGAGGUGGCUACCCCAACUACAGCACUGCCUACCCCAGUCAGGUGACUGGGGGUGCAGGAAGCCAAGAAUACAGCUAUGAAGGUUACGGUAGCAACAGCACAUAUGAGUCAGGAGGCUCCUACCCCUCCAGCUCACAGGGUGGCUACGGGGGAGGGCCGUCCGGACAAGGGGGGGCUAGCAACUACCAAGGUUACAACAACCAGGCGAGCUUCACUGUGCCAGGAGCAGCCAAUCCAAGCUAUGGGGGAAACCAGGGCUCCUUCAGCAGUCCAGUGGGGUAUGGGAGGGGAGAGCCCAGCAUGAACUACCAGUACAGAUAGACUGAAACUCUCCUUCCCAUAACCCCCCCCCUCCACGCCCCUUUCUGCCAUACUCACAAGCCUUUUCCAAAGCAGAAACAGCUCACUUCUACAUCAUGUUGUUCUCCACAACCUUUUUAAUACAAAGGCUUAUCUCGGCUGAAGCAUUUUUUUCUUUUCCUUCCUUUGGGUCGUGCGCAAAAAGUAUGUAGCAGUGAUUUUCGUUUCUCUCAAAUUGUGUGUUUUCCCCAUGUUUUAGUUGUGCAUCUCCAACCUGCUGAUGCUACCAAGAAAUACCAGUCCCACAAAAACACGCAAUCCCACUCUACAGGUUUCAAAGAAGCUGCACUCCCACAAAAAAACGCACAAAGGCACUGUACAGGUUUCAGUGAUGCUUUGUAUUUCAGAGACUUGAGUUGGUUGAAAACAGUUAAAAAAUUCCAGUUUUCUACGGUCCCCCUCUGAUCAGCAGUCAUUAAUUUCAGUGUUUCCUGAAGACAUUCGUAAGAAAUGUGACAGAGUGUAACUGUGGGAGUCCUGAUGGAAUAACCCGAGUACAUUCUGAUGGACUGAUCAUUUUUGAAUGUCUUAAUGGAUGGUAAGUCAUCUUGUGUCACAAAUUUCACUUUUAUUUUAGUUUGAACAGUAAUGAGGUUUUGGUCUCUGCCUUUCCUGUGUCUGCUCCUGUCUUUACUACAUAUGUGCUUGUGGUAGGAUAUGUUGGUCUAGCUGACAUUCUAUGAAUACCAUGACCUGCUCGCCUCAUUACCAAAUUAUAAGGGUUUUUUAUUUUGCUUGUAAUUUUAAGGCUUAUUUUUAACAUUUGAAUUUGUUUUUAUUUUGCUGUAUUUUCACCCAGUUGCUACUUGAAUGUGAGUUGACUGGCAGUUGAAAGAUUUAGUUUGUUCAAGGAAAUAUAGGGGAGGGGGAGUUUUUUUCUUUUUCAGAACAAUGUGUAACAAUGUGCAUCAGUUGUGGUUUGUACCAAUAAAGGAUUUUUAUU